UUUUGCGACAGUUGUUUAUCAACAGUAAAAAGCGAUAUUCGUUGAAUAUGGUGUGAAGCGAUUUGUCAGUCGCGUAGAUUGCGGUUUCAAGACGAUUUAGCGCGAGUAAUAUCAGCUGCAGUUUUGUGAGACUCACAUCAGGCCCAGUGAGAGAUGGAGGAGCUCUACACUUUGGAGAGGGAGGUAGGACGGGGCAGCUAUGGUGUGGUCUUUGAAGGGCAUAUGGCCAAAACAGGACAGAGGGUGGCUAUCAAGCGACUGCCCUGCAGCAACCCAGAGUGCAUUGAACUGUACCUGCAAGAGCUAUGGGCCAUGAGAGCCACAGCCAAGAACCAUGUCAAUGUCAUUGCGCUCCACAGCUGCCUCCUGCAGACAGGGCCAAGAAGCCUGAAGCCCCUAAAACCAGGGAAACUGCCUGUACGUCUAGUUGAGAGCGUGCUGAAGGGCAGUGUAGUUGGAGCACCACAAAGUCAGGAAAGGAAUAAUGCCCAGUCUAACACCCGGAGGAGGACUAACUCUGUCUCUAGACUUCAAGACAAGACCAACAUUGUUCAGGCUAAGCUCCAGGACACGACUAAAUCAAAUGCAUCAGAUUCUACAACCCCACAAAGGCCUCAAAACAGAGCCAGAAAGAGACUGGCCCCGAGGGAAGAAGAGCAGCCGGGACCCCUGCGGUGCUUGGCCCUGUGGCUUGUGAUGGAGUACUGUGAUGGGGGUGACUUGAAUCAGUACCUGCUUUCCAGGCCCCCAGAUGCCCAGCGCAACCACAGUGUGGUUAGACAGCUCUGCAGUGCUGUGGCCUUCCUGCAUAGUCUUGGUAUCACCCACCGAGACCUGAAGCCUGACAAUGUGCUGGUCUGUGUCACACCAAAAGGCCCAAUUGUCAAGGUGGCAGACUUUGGUCUGAGCAAGAUGAGUGAAGGUCUGGUGGACGGGGAUCUGACCAGGCAGCACUUCUCAUCCACCUGUGGGUCUGACUUCUACAUGGCCCCAGAGGUGUGGGGUGGACUGACCUACACAGCCCAGGCGGACAUCUUCUCCCUAGGUGUGAUGUUCUGGGCGGUCCUGGAGAGAAUCACGUUUCUGGAAGAAGGGACCACACAGGAACAACUGGGUGCCUACGUGUGCAAGGGUCGCUCAGGCUGGCUGAUGCCGCUGGGUGAAGCUUUGUGGGAGAAUGCCGACCUCCAGCUGUGUAUCCCUAUGAAGUUUAAGAGAGCGCCCCCGCUGCCACCCCCUCCUGGUCCUGCCAUGUGCACUCUGCUUUUAGACAUGCUCGCCUCAAACCCGGAUGCUCGGCCCCCGGCAGACCAGCUGGAGGCCAGAGUGCGCUCUGCUCUCAAAGAGGACUCCCACUGACACAAAGUGCGCUUAAGCAACCAUAAUGGCUAUAACCACUAUAGCCUCUACAUGGAGAUAGCGACUGUGGACCCCCUGACUUCAGUGCUUCCUACAUGGGUAAACAAUAGCCAUUUUGCUGCUGCAGGGAAAUGGGUAUAAGAAAUAUGUAUGAUUAUAUGGGAUUGUAGGUGCUGUUUUUGUCACUAAAACAUCAGCCUGGUUUAUAGACUGUAAGAGACCACAUAAAGGGGAAAACAGGGUUGAACCAGAAGAGGUCCAUUUGAACCUUGAGGUUCUCUAAUGGGAACCAGUCCAUUGACCAUGGACCCCAGGACUGCACUGCAGACAGGUCCAUAUACAUAUCCAGAGGGACUUAAGCUGAAUUUCCUGUGAGCACCAUGCUGUUCAGGCCUUGAAUGUUUGACAUAUAAAAUGAAUUUUAGUAUUUAUAGAGCUGAAAUUAAACGCAGAGGAUUGAUGCUGUGGCUUGUUAAACGGAUCUGCAGGGUUUUGGUGGCGAUUCAUUAUCUCAGCUUUAUUUCAGGUGUUCAUUUUGACUUGAUUUUAUUUUUUUGGACACUGAGAUUUUUGCUUGUUGAAAAAUGUAGCUAAGAUUAGUUUUUUUCUUCUUGUUAUCUUGGCCCAGAUAUUUCCACCGCACUCUGAUGUAGCACUGAUUAAACACUGGGCUUCCAGAUAUCUUACAUAUGUAAACAGAGGGAAGCAAAGCAUUGAAACUCAUGCUCAUAGUAAUGCAACGCAAUACAAUAGUCAUAAUAAGCAUUACCCUCGUAACACAAUUAAGUCUUAUUUGUUGUUGUGUGUCAGUUGUGUGUCUGGUGUUUUUUGACGCCGUAGUACACCACAUACUACACCAGUACUAACUCAACACCACACCAACACAAAACUAAAACAAGCUUAACUUUAAAAAAUAUGGUAUUGAAUGCAGGUCUAAUGCAUUGUGUUAUUUUUCUGCUUUCUGUUUAAUUAGAUUUUUAUUCAUGCUAGAAUGCUUGUGAAGAGAUAUUUAUGUAUAUUCUUUUUGUUUUGAAAGGGUUUCUCAUUUUAAAAUACUUCCUCUCCAUGUCACCACUUUCCUUUGGGUCAGUAAUACUUUACCUAGAACUGUACAAGUUGACUCAAACUUUGUGUUUGAGUGUGUGAGCAUCUUUGUGACAGUAGAAGAACUAACAGCACGAGAAACACAAUGACUAACGAUGGCUAAUAUACCGUCCCCUUGUGAACAGGAAAUUAAAGCCAGGCAUUAGGAUUGUAGCUGAUCAUAUCCAUGCUGAGUCCACAACAGCAUUUAUUACUGGCCACCAAUCUUAGUCAUUGACAGUCCAUAUCUUAGAUGACUACUCAUUUCAGAAUUCUUCUGCCCCCACAUGUCUGAAAACAUGGAUAUGGGUUACAACAUGAACUGUGUCCAGAAAUCCUCUUUAAAUGUAAUUUAAAUAAAGAUUAAA